AUGCAUGUCAUAUGCAAGACAUGGCGGGAUGACGAAAUGAACAUUAUUAAAGGGCUGGGGAAGGUUUUGUUUUCCCACGGGUCGAGGGCCCGCAACCAGCCACGGCCCCACCGCACACUGUUCUUGACUCCCGCACAACGUGGAAUGGAAAUCGGCCAUAUGGCGAUGACUAAGCAUCGUGUGCUAAGCUGCCGAGGUGGGUCUCUCGCCGAGCAACUAGUGCACGGCGUGCCAUUCAUCCAAUGCUCGAGACUCAAGAGAGUUUAUCUCAGCGGGGUUUGGGGAGGGAAACGUGCUGAGGCUCGCCGUUAG